GCGCGCGUGUGCGUGUGUAAAUAGGUGUGUUGUGUGUGUACACAUGACAUAAAAUAUCAAUUUACUUUUUUUGCUGACAUGGUAUAAUUUAAUAAAGUUUGAAAUGCUUUUAAAAAUAGGAGUAAUAUAGAAUCGUAGAAAGAAAAUAUACAGAGGGUGUCCUAAAACGUGGGUCAACGCUCGUAAAAAUGUAGAAGGGAUCGAGAUGAACAAAAAAAUCUUGCUUAGGUCUAAGCUGUGCUACAACUUAGGCGGUCCGAGCCUGCCUCUCUGCGCGCUCUUAUUAGUAUGAGUUGUAACAUUUUAAUGACUCAAUAAUUUUUGCAAAUAUCGCAAAAUAGUAGAAGAUUUUUUGUUCAUCUCGAUCCCUUCUACCUUUUUACGAGCGUUGACCCACCUGUUUUAGGACACCUUGUAUAAUUAUUCAUUUCUAUACAUAUAUAUACUUACAUAUAUAAUAAAUAAAUAAAUAAUUAUUAUAUAUAUAUAUAUAUAUAUAAAGAAUUAAGAAGAUUAAUGAAAGGGACAAUAUUUUAACAUUUAGUAAAUAUACGUGUUUAGAAUUGUAAAAGCAGUUUAUCAGAGGUAGAUUCUGUAUUUCUGAAGAAAGUGAAAAUGUGAAAAGUGAGUAGCACUGUCUCCAUUGAUUGGUGUAUACUUUUAGGAUUAACGAUAUACACUACCAAUCACUGUUGUUCACUUUUCUUAUUUUCACUUCUUCAAAAAUACAGAAUCGAUCUCUAAAGAGUAAGAAUAUUUAUGACGUCAAGUAUAUUUGUAAAAUUUGCUAUCGAUAUAAAUAAAGGAAUAAACGAUUUAGUAACAAUAAUAUAACCACUUUUGAGAUAAUGUCGGUUAGAAUAGAAAGACAAAGGAUUCUCAAACCUUACUUAGGUGGAUGGCGACAUAAAAUUACUGGAGUAAAAUAUGUAAAUGCAACUUCCCAGACUGGGCCUUUGUCAAAACUAGUACCAUGGAAGAACACAUAUAGUAGAUCAGUGCAAUGCAUGCAAACGAAAGACGAAGCAACACAAUCACUACGUCAUUGCGCGACGCAAAUGUGGCGGGACGACUAUUAUGUACCUAACGAUGCGGAUAAAUAUAUGACUGUAAAGUGUUAUGAGAAUUACGCUGAUAUGCAGCUUAAUUUAGAUCGGCAUGCACGUGUAAUUCAGAGAAAUUACCGAGCAUACAAAUGGCGAAAAUAUAUCAAGAAAUGUGCGCAAGCUUAUCGUAACAUACUUGAGGACUGCAAGAGCUACGAAGAAGAGAAAGCUAUAGCAAAUAAAUUGCGGCAUAAACAGAAUAUUCUUCGCCAAAUAUAUCCGCAAUCGAGAGCGGAUUUUGACAUGCUUUACAAUCUGGUUGAAAGAUGGAGGAUAGAUCGUUUGAAGGAUGUAAAAUCGCGAUUUUUUAAGGCAUGUCAACGUACCGAGCGUUACAGAAUUUUAGAAAAAACAGUGGAGAUGCUCAAUCACAUCGAUAAACAUAAACAAGCCAUCAAGAAAUCGUAUCAAAAACAAAGAGCACUCAGAUUUUUAACAUUGAAUUGCAAGCCAAUACGAUGGAAUGGAUACAAGGGUAAACUUGUGGAAAUGGUUACUAUAAAAAUUCAAAAGGCUCGAGAAUUUAAAGAAAUUUAUAACGCAUUGAACAAUUGUGACGCUAGUUCAGAGGAACGCGUGAAAUUAUUGACAACAUUGAAAAAGUCAAUUGAGCCGCACAAUUGUAUAGAGGCCCUUGAUUUAUCGUCUUUAUUAGAUCAAGAAAUUGCGUUGUUAAAUCAAAAGAUUGAGGAUUUAUCGCUCGAUUAUUUAAACGAAAGAAUAACACACACAUACUUGAAUUUUGUAAGAAUGUAUGGUAUUUGCGGUUGCGAAUGUGUCAUUGGGGAUUCUAAAGACAACGAAUUGCGAGAACCUUUGGAAACAGAAACAAAAUUUUGCCGGAAUUGUUUGAGACUUCUUCCCAUACGUAGAUUUUUACCACACACUAGAAUGACAAAGCUGACAAUUUGCAGCAGCUGCAGUUCUCUAAGUCAACGUAAUAUUGCACAUGUGGAUUACGAUCCUUACAUGUUUAUAUUAAAUUGCGUACGUGCUGAGGAGAAACGUCGAGGCAGCGCUUUUGCUUUGGCAUUUAUGAUGCAAGAGCAAGAUAUUUAUUAUUUAGUUAAUCAUAUCUGGCAAGGUCAAUCGGCAAUCAGCAAAAUUAGCGAUCUUUUCCUUUUAAGAAUGGUUAGAUAUCAAAAGAAUGUCGAAUGGGCACCUUGGAACUGUAUUCUUCUUACAAAAGACGAAGCCGACAUACACUAUUACAUUAAUGAUCUUGCUAUGAUAUAUUCCAAGCAUUUGAUAAACAAGAUUAAUUUGAGACAUCAGAUUGCAAAGAAUUAUUUUAAACAGUUAAUUAUUUUCGAAAAAGAUUUUCGAGAAUCUUGUCGCUUUUCAAAGAUCCAAAGUGGAAUAAAGUAUAAACCACCAGUAACAGUGGAAAAUUAUGAUUUUUCUAAAAAAUAUAAAAAAUAUAAAAAAUACAAGCUGUGAGAAAAAGUUUCAUCACUCCAAUUAAAUCUCUUCGUAAUAUUUUUCAAUCAAUUCAACUUUAAUGUGUCGGACCAUUGCAUCUAUUACAAACUAUAUAUUGGUAUGGUGAUUGGUCGAAAUUUAAUAAACUUUUAUUACAAAUAAAAUACACUUUACAAAAGUUUUAUUUCGUCAUCGGAUUUCACUGUAUUUUGUUUGUCUAAAUAUUGUCUGAAUAAAAUGUGCGGUUUAUUUACAUAUGAAUUCAUAAAAAGAGAAAAAGCAAAAUAAAAAAAGCUUUGAUAUGUUUUCACAGUUAUUACAAAUUGGAAAUUGAUUAGAGUUAGUUAAUAUUUUAAAAUUUUAUUAUUAACUGAUAAAAUUUUAUCUAAUAUUAUCUUAUUUCUUAUGUUAAUCUCAUGUGUAAUAACAGUAAUGCAUAAACGGUAGAAAUCGUUAUUAUUACUAUCUUAUAUGAACUGCGUGCCGUUGGGUUUAAAAAUCUAUUAAAUAUUAUAAAAAACGUGAAACAAUACUAUCAAAACUGUUACAUUAUUCGAUAGAAAACACUUUCUGGUUUAUGUUUUUAAACAAUAACUGAAAUUGAAUCGAUGAAAAUAUUAAACAUAAAGAUGAAGAUAAUAUAUAUAUAAAAUUUGAAAAAAGAAAUUGUUAAUGAAAUUAAUAGAUUUUUAUUAUAAAUUACAUUUAUUGUAGCAAUAUAUACAUUUUAUGUGCGUCUAUCAUAUAUCAAUUUAUUAUUAAGAAAAGUAUGAAUUUUUCUGAACUGCCGAUACGUAUUGUUCAAGUCUCCGGAGAAAUAACAGAAAAGGUUUUUACGACUAUCGUAUAUGCAACGUUGCUCUGAGAAUCGGGUGAUAUUGCUCGGAUGCAACUGGCGAUAGUGAAAGCUUUUACGUAAGGAAUGUACACCAACGGCGGUAAAAACGGUUUUUGCACUAUAAAAGCUAUUGCGUAACGGGAUAUAAAUUGUUCGUUGUUCCAGAGCCAGGCACCGUUCGCUAUCGCAUCACUUUAUCGUCGUAAUACAAUCUGGCUUAUACUUGCAUUGCAAAUAUCUACUACCCUUAAUUAGUCCCGCGGGCGAAUAAUUCGAAUCCCGUUUUACGUUCAAUGCAAUUUGUUAAAGUGGAAAUUGAAAAAAGAAGAGGAAAACGGUAAUUAUCGAAACUCUCGAAGCGUAUCCAGAUCAACUUGAGAGUUUAGUUUAACUUAAUAUUAAGAAAACGUCGGAACACACGUAUCGUGAAAGCUUAUCAAUUUUGAUACUCUUGAGGUUUUAAGGCGCAUGUGUGGCCUAAAUGCGUUAUAUAUGCAUCUUACAGAGAACGCUGAAAGCGGAGAUGUAUGAAUGCCGUCGAAAAUUCUCUGCCCUAGGGCGCAUAAUGUCCGCCACAUACAGUCUGAAUUCAUAUCCGUCGCGGAGGCUUUUGAACCGAGGAACACAAAAUCGAAAAAUAAUGGACAAGAGAAGGCUUUUGACCGAUCGACCAAGCACGUUGCCGUUGGCAACGUUGGAUUUAAGGCUUUGAGCUUUCAGGUGCCGCGCUGCGGAGUCUCGCAUAUGGGGGGUAGGUAGUACGUAGGUAGCAUUAAAAGCUACUCUUCGACGCGAUCUACUUAUCCCAUUGGAUCGCGAGUGUCAAAAUUUGAUCGACGAUGUGCACCACUUUGCGCAGCAACUCAGUUUAAUCCGACUAAAUCGUUCAAUCUUUCGCGAAAUGCAAUCGCUUUGCGAUAAAAGCAUUUUUACGGGCGAUGAUAUAAUUUUAGUAAAUCACAUAAAACCGUAUUAGAAUUAUAAAGUUAUACGAAGGUGUUUAAAGAUUUUAUUUAAAUUAUGAAAUUCUUGUGAUAUUGCGGCAACAAAGUGCUUUGCGUUGCUCUCGGUAAGUCUCAAUAAAUUUUCUUUCGCUAAUUUCCAAGGUAUUUAUUUUGAGAGUUUAUUAUAAAUUUUCAUAGCAGAGAAAAUUGCUAGCAGAGAGGUUCCAACACAAUGAACGCUGUAGCAGUAUCGACAAAAAUAAGCUGCAUUAAUAAUAAAUAGUAUCUGGUAUAUAAGAUCAUAAAGUAUAUAACACAAUUAAAAUCAUAAGGUCAACGAACAGUUAUAGUAGGUCUUAGGUUUGAAAAUGAUAUAUUUUGUAUAUAAAAUUUUUAUGUAUUAUAUCUAUUACUGUCGAUUUUAAAUUGCAGAUCUUAAAAGUUGAAUCAGAAUAAGUUAAGCCAGAAUAUCCCAAUAUUAAUUUGAUAAUCAAUUUAAUAUUAUGACAUUACUAUUCUGAUUCAAGACGAAAUACAUUAUUGAGCGACUAAAAUCUGUGUUAUAACUGUUCUCGUUUUGGUCUUACUUAGAUUUAAAAAAUGCAUUAAUAUUUAUGUACCGCAAAUAAUUGCACCGCGAAGCAAUUAAAUUCGAUAAAUGUAAGGAUUUUUCGUAAUAUUCGGAUCCCCAAUCAUUAUUGACGCUCUCAUAUUCCUCGGGUAUCCAAUUAAGGGUGCACUCUUAUAAAAACGGAAAACAAGCACUUUUUUCUUUGCAUUUGCUACAUUUGUGUUAAUUACUUUCCUUGUGGAAUUACGCUGUUCACCGUGUGUUUCCAUCAACAUUCAUUUCUUGCUACGAAAUCAUUCAUGAGAGGUGCAAUCGAUCGACUCGUUUGUUUAUUCUCUUCUUUCAUCAUUGUGCGCUAACAAAGCUGCACCAGUUACGUCGAUAUGUUAUUACACGUGUUGCGUAUAAAACGAUUUUCAAUUGUGAUUUCAUUUUUCAAAUCUUUUUUCUUUGUAAAAUAGUUUUGAUGUAAAAGAGACUGGCUGGUCAGAUUAUUAAAGAAGCAUUAGCUUUCGUAAUAUGAAACCAUUUUCCGUUCCAUCGAUUACCAAUGUGGGUACACUGGAAGGCGUGGUACUUCAUAAAAUUCAGCUUUCCAUCAAAAAUCCUUCGUACCUCAAUAGACCUUUUCUUUCCCUUCGUUCCCUUUAAAGCGCUGUAUAUUCAGACAUUUUAUAGAGUGCUUUACAAAUGGAAAUUGUAGAAUUACUUUAUAUAUGCAUUAUGUUUUUAUAGGAUAAUCUCGUAGAUUUAUUAUAAGAUAAUUAAAUGUCAAACAUAAAGAUGAGAGAGUCUAUAGCGAAUUUUGGUAUUAAUAUUUUAAUAAUAUUUUUUGUUUGAAUUUUUACAAGCUCACGUGAACUGCACGCUGCGUAUUCGUUGGUCGUGAAACACAGUCUUUUUAUAAUUUUUUUAAUGUUUUUGAGCAUUUACUCGUUAAUUAAUUUAUGAUAUUAUAUUUCGACAAAGACUGUGUUUCGAGACCGACGAAUAGGUCGCGCACAGUUGAAGAUUGUAAAAAUUUAUACAAAAAUUAUUAUUUAGUACCAAAACGGCUAUAAAUCGAUAUUGGCGCUCUCAUUUUUAAAUAUGACAUUUUCAUCAAUUCAUAAUCUUAUUACUGUUGAUAAAUUAUAUGUUUACGAUAGAAAAUAUUUUACUGACGGAAGUAAAAAUAAAUAAAAACAAGUGAAAACAAAUUAUAGACUUUUACAUAAAAAAAAAAAAAAA